UUUGUUUGCACCAAUUAGAUUUAGACAAACUAGUGAAAGGCAAAAAUGAGUCUCAGCAAGACUACUAGUAUAAGGAGCAGUGGGGGACGAGGAACCUCUAAAUCAAUGAUUGUGCCGAUGAGCAGGCAAAGAAUGAGCUUUGUGUCCAGGUCCAGGGCAGCUCCUGUUAGCACUUUAUUCUCAAGUGGUAGCAGCUAUAAGGCUGGUGGUGGUGGUGGUGGUGGCGGCUUUGCGGUUCGUUCUGGGGGUGGAAUUGGAUCACCACUUUCUAGAGGGGCAGAAGUAGGAUUAGGUAGAGGAUAUGGUGGAGGAUUCAGUAGCAGGCUCGUUGGAGGAUUAGGUACCGGAUAUGGUGGCGGAUUCGGCGGUGGAAUUGGCGGUGGAAUUGGUGGCGGAUUGGGCAGUGGAAUUGGCGGUGGAAUGGGUGGCGGAUUGCACGGUGUAAUGGGUCCAGCAACACCAAUCACAUCAGUCACCGUUAACCAGAGUUUACUGGCCCCUCUCAACCUGGAAAUUGAUCCCAACAUUCAGCAAGUACGAGCCCAGGAAAAGGAGCAGAUCAAGAUCCUCAACAAUCGCUUUGCCUCCUUCAUUGACAAGGUCCGCUUCCUGGAGCAGCAGAACAAGAUGCUGGAGACCAAAUGGAACCUCCUGCAAGAGCAAAGUGGUAGUGGUCCAGGUGGUGUAAGAUCUAAUAUUGAACCCAUGUUUGAAGCCUACAUUGCUAAUCUGCGUCGGCAGCUAGACGGCUUGAACAAUGAGAAAAUUAGGCUGGAUUUAGAUUUGAAAAACAUGCAAGGCUUGGUGGAAGACUUCAAGAACAAAUAUGAAGAUGAAAUCAACAAAAGGGCUACAGUGGAAAAUGAUUUUGUCCUGCUGAAAAAGGAUGUUGAUGGUGCUUACAUGAACAAGGUUGAACUGGAGGCCAAGGUCCAGGCACUUCAAGAUGAGAUUAACUUUUUGCGUGCCCUCUACGAUGCGGAGCUCACCGAAUUACAGAAUCAGGUUAAAGACACCUCAGUGAUUCUAGAGUUGGAUAACAGCCGCAAUCUCGAUCUGAAUGCCAUCGUGGCAGAAGUGCGCGCUCAGUAUGAAGACAUUGCCAACCGCAGCCGAGCAGAGGCUGAGACCUGGUACAUGCAGAAGUAUGAAGAGAUGACAUCGUCAGCUGUAAAAUACGAUGAUGAUCUGAAAGACACCAAAUCUGAAAUUUCAGACCUGAAGCGUUUCAUCAACAGACUGACAGCUGAAAUUGAAGCACUCAAGGGACAGAGGGCAAACUUGGAGACUGCAAUCACUGAAGCCGAGGAACAUGGAGAGCUGGCUGUGAAAGAUGCAAAGGCCCGCAUCGCUGAUCUGGAGGCCGCCUUGCAGAAAGCCAAACAAGAUAUGGCCCUGCAGGUCCGUGAAUACCAGGAGCUGAUGAAUGUCAAGCUGGCCCUGGACAUUGAGAUCGCCACCUACAGGAAACUACUGGAAGGCGAGGAGAGCAGGUAUGAGAGUAACUCACCUGUCACUGUGGAGAGAAAUCCACGCGGUAUUUUUAGUGAGACAACAGCCAUGAAAGUAGUAGCACCUCAUUUAAAAUAGAGAAAAGAAAGUAUA